GUGUAGGGAGAAAACUAGUCGCAAUGUUAGAUCCAAAGGCCAGAAGACCGAGUCUCUUUCCAAAUUACAAAGUUGGUGGACUUUCAUAUUCCGCCACUGAUCCUGUGUACAGCCCACUACCAUUUGUGAAGGACAACUUGAUCAAACAGUGGAGCUCCUUGAAUGACAUAGAGGAAGAUAUUUAUGAUCCAUAUGCUGGUGAGGAUGAAGAAGAUGAGGUAUUUUCACCACCACCAGUGUUCUCAACACCAGUCAAGAACUGUGUGCUGAACAUCAACGUUGGUGGCAAGUCCUAUCAGAUUGCUCAGGGGGUGGUUGCCAGAUAUCCAAAGACUAGACUUGGCAUGCUUGCUACCUUCAAGGACCACUGCAAGAAGCUAGAUCUCUGUGAUGAUUACACUGUUACAAACAAUGAGUAUUUUUUCGACCGGGACCCAAGCGUAUUCAACAGCAUCUUUAAUUUUUACAGGACUGGAGUGCUCUGGAUUAAAGAUGAACUGUGUACGCGGAACUUUCUGGAGGAAAUAAACUACUGGGGAGUUCGUAUCAAGAACUCCCAUCGCUGCUGCCGCAUCAUGUUCGAGGAAAGACAAGAUGAGCUCAGUGAGCAGUUGAAAAUCCAAAAGGAGCUUCUGGCUGAGGUAGAUGUUGAGGAAAACGAAGAGGCAUUUCAGGAUAUGAUAAUGGGAUCCCUGCGGCAAAAGGUCUGGAAUUUAAUGGAGAAACCCUUCUCUUCAGUGGCUGCCAAACUCAUUGCAGUAGCUUUAAGUAUGUUUGUGCUGAUGUCGCUAGUAGCAAUGACAUUGAACUCUGUGGAGGAGAUGCAAUACAGGAGCCCAGCAGGCCAACUAAGUGGGAAGACUCAUUGUGAAUACGUUGAGGGUGCCUGCCUUGUCGUUUUUACCAUGGAAUAUCUUCUACGUCUAGUGUCAACACCAAACCUGAAACACUUUGCCAAAAGUAUACUGAACACAGUGGAUCUGAUCGCCAUACUACCACAUUACCUGCAAAUUGCCCUGGAAUGCUUUGACAGUCAGGACCUGGUCAAACCUGGCACUGACCUGAAGACAGUGGGUCAGGUGGGCAAGUUAGGUCAGGUUCUGCGGAUUAUGCGGCUAAUGCGCAUAUUCAGGAUCCUCAAACUUGCUCGCCACUCAACAGGGCUGCGAGCUUUUGGCUUCACCCUGAGGCAGAGCUAUCAGCAGGUUGGGUGCUUGCUCCUCUUUAUCGCCAUGGGCAUCUUUUCCUUCUCCGCUAUGGUCUACUCCGUUGAGCAUGAUGUCCCUCGGACUAACUUCACCAGCAUUCCACAUGCAUGGUGGUGGGCUGCAGUUAGUAUUUCAACUGUAGGAUAUGGAGAUGUAUACCCAGAGACUGUGUUUGGGCGGAUCUUUGCUUUCGGCUGCAUUUCUUUAGGAAUAAUAUUGAAUGGUAUGCCAAUAUCUAUGCUUUUCAACAAGUUUUCAGACUACUAUUCAAAGCUCAAGUCCCACGAAUACACCACAAAUGAAAGGAACAGAGGGAAACUGAGGUUUGCCAAAAGGGCAAGAAGAAGAAUGGCUGAAAUAUGUAAAAACAGCAUUUCCUAUAACACCAUCUAAGACAUGGCCUCACAAAACUAGGCUACUUUACCUUGAAAUCACUCUCUGACAGAGUGUCAUGUUGCUGCAUAGCCUAUUUUGCUGAUAUGCAGUAUUAAACAGGAACUCCAACUCUUGCAACUAUUGAUGCUAAUGGAAAAUCCACACGAAAAAAGGCCUAUGCUUUUGUAAACAUGUGCUGACAAUGAUGAUAUUGUUUCCUUUAUUCCAUUCAUUCCAUGUGUUCUUUCUUUCCCUAUUUCGUUUUUUGAUAUAUUGUGUUGUACAUUUGUGGUAAAAAAAACAUGUUUACAUUUAUGAUAUUAGGCCAUAUUGCCUUUUUCAAGUACAAUUUAACACAGGAUCCCAAAAUAAUAUUACUUGUACCAGUGUUUGACCAAACGUGUUGCCUACAUCCACCAUUUUGUGAAUACAUGUGACUUAAUAAAAUGCAGUGAAAAAUGUGAGGUGUUCUGUGAUACAAUAAAGCUAUAUCUAUCUGAUCAUUAUGCCUACCUUGUGAUGGUGCGUCCAUCCCUGAGCUAUACCUUCAGUCCUGUAGGUGGCACUGGCAAUUUCUAGCUAUAUAUAUUUCCAUAAUGCCUUAACACCACAAAAGAAGACAGCUGCCUACUGGCUCAGUGUGCUGUUUGACUGCUGUACUGGGCUUCUCUUGACCUCUACUGAGCGUUAGCUGGAUAACGUUAAAGGGUACAAUGGUGCCUCCAGUACAAGUUUCACCACUCAUCAAGACAGCCCGGUGGUCUGCAUUACUCGUAGGAAUCAUCUACGGAAAGAGGCGAUAUGAUCAUCUAAAGCCAAUUGCUGCAGAAGAGAGGAGAGUUGAGGAGGAGGAGAAGAAGAUCCGUGAGGAGAAGGAACGCAUUGCAAAAGAACUUGCAGAAGCAAGUCAAGAGACCAUUCUGAAAUGAAGUGCCCCAAGGGAAUCUAAACCUCUUCUUUCACCAUCUAUUGUGGUGGUCUUCUACACACCGGCUAGAACAGAUGUAUUCCAGAAUGAUGGAUAUAUUUAAUUUCAUACACUUUUCUCUGUGGAUAUAGACAGAAGUUAACAGAUUUCUGCGCUUUAAUGUUUUUCCAUAUUUUUUUCCUGUUGUGUACCCACCAUGUGGAACUUUUCGCAUACAUUGAACCUGCCUUUGUAUUCAACAAUAAUCCAGCCCCUGAAUAAUUCAUAGGGCAUAAAGAAAACAAAUGUAAAUGACAUAUUAAAAAUAAUUUGAAAUCCUA